AUGAAUCCCGUGUACGACUUUAUCCAGAAAAACCGCGUAUUGGCUUUAAUAGAGAAGGCCCAAAAGUCCAGUGCACGAAAUUUAGCUUUAGACGAUUUCGAUUUAACUCAGUUUCCAGAGGUGCUAAUAACCUGCCAAGGUCUCCACAUCCUUAACAUAGGCCACAACAGGAUCGUCGAGAUCCCCAUGGAGAUUUCUCAGUUAAAAAAUCUUCAACAUUUAUCCUUAGAAUAUAAUCAAUUAGAUAGGUUUCCCGAGGCAUUGAAGCAUUGUCCGCAACUUAUCAGUUUAAAUCUAAGUCAUAAUCCCAUUAAGGAGCUCACCUGUGAUAUAGGAUGUUUAGUGUCUUUGGAAAUGCUUUGGUGUAAUUCGUGCUGUUUAACUAGCAUUCCCGAGGAAAUAGGCAAUCUAACAAAGUUGGAAACUUUCGGUGCUAGACAUAACAAAAUUGCCAAAUUACCUAUUAGGAUUGGAGAACUUAUAAACUUAAGAUGGUUAACGAUGGAAGAUAACUGCCUGAAUAAUGUUCCCCAUAACUUUGGCAAGCUAGAAUUAAUCAAACACAUUAACUUUAACAAGAACAAUUUUAGUUACAUUCCGUAUAGAUUUGCCAAGUUGAAGAACCUUAAGUAUUUGCAUCUGCAGAGUAAUGAAUUCUUUGUUCUUCCAGUUAGAACCAUAUCUGCUAUGCCAAACACCAGAUUUAACUUUCAGAAUAACCCUGUAGGAUUGGAAGAUUAUAAGAUAUUCACCAACGUGAUACUAUCAGGAACCGAAGACGAAAUAUUGGAUAUGUUCGGUUACGAUUCGGAUUCUAGUUCCGACGAUUGGGAUAAUAGUUUAGACAGUGCCGAUCUAAACUAUUCAGCCACUGACGAUGACAGCGAUAAUGAAAAUAGGGACGUUAUAGGAAACAUACCUAUCCUUUCUAAGUUUUUGGUAACUUGUUAG